CCCACUUCGAAAUGUCUGCUUACAUUUUCUCACACGCACACUUUAAAUAGACGUCCACAAGCCACUACCUACAUCAUACAAACCAUUGAAACCACAAUGAAAACAGUCUCCCUCAUCCUCCUCCUCGCCGGAGUUCUUUCCGCCUGUAUCCUAACCACCACCGCCCAGAACUGUGGAUGUGCUCCGGGAUUAUGCUGUAGCCGAUUUGGUUUUUGCGGCAGUGACGAGGCAUACUGUGGCGCCGGAUGCCAAGAAGGAUCGUGCUUUGGGCCUCCUCCGACGAAUGACGUGUCGGUUGCUGAUAUUGUGACAGAUGCGUUCUUUGAUGGAAUCGUGGACCAAUCAGAUUCUAGUUGUGAAGGAAGACCGUUUUAUUCACGCGCCGCUUUCCUUGAAGCUGUUGGAAAUUAUCCGCAAUUUGGUAGAGUGGGUUCUGAAGAUGAUUCCAAACGGGAGAUUGCAGCUUUCUUCGCUCAUGUCACCCAUGAAACUGGACAUUUUUGCUACAUUGAAGAAAUAAAUGGUCCUUCAAGAGAUUACUGUGACGAAGAUAAUACCCAAUACCCAUGUAACCCUAGCAAGGGUUACUAUGGUAGAGGUCCAAUUCAACUCUCAUGGAACUACAACUAUGGUCCAGCUGGGAGGAGCAUUGGGUUCGAUGGAAUAAACAAUCCUGAAAUCGUAGCCACAGAUCCAGUUGUUGCCUUUCGAACUGCAUUGUGGUUUUGGAUGAACAAUGUUCAGUCUGUCUUAGGCCGAGGGUUUGGAGCGACAAUUAGAGCUAUAAAUGGAAUGGAAUGUGAUGGUGGGAAUCCGGACACUGUAAGUUCUCGUGUCCGGUAUUAUACUCAGUAUUGUGAUCAACUUGGUGUUGCACCAGUUCUUUACUCCGGUAUCCUUAGCACCACCACCACCGCCCAGAACUGUGGCUGUGCUCCGGGAUUAUGCUGUAGCCGAUUUGGUUUCUGCGGCAGUGACGAGGCAUACUGUGGCACCGGCUGCCAAGAAGGGCCGUGCUUCGGGCCUCCUCCGACGAAUGAUGUGUCGGUUGCUAAUAUCGUGACAGAUGCGUGCUUUGAUGGAAUCGUGGAUCAAUCAGACGCAAGUUGUGAAGGACGAGCGUUUUAUACACGUGCCGCCUUCCUUGAAGCUGUUGGAAAGUAUCCCCAAUUUGGUAGAGUAGGUUCAGAAGAAGAUUCCAGACGGGAGAUAGCAGCUUUCUUCGCUCAUGUCACCCAUGAAACCGGACCAUGA